UUUGUCUAUCUUUUCCCCCACAUUUUUCGCCUUUUUUCUGGUCUUUUGUAAUUUUUCGUAUUUGUUAUUAAAUUUUCAGUGCUUAAUUAAAUCUUAAAACGUCUAGUGCAUUAAUUUUCAUAGUAAUAUUAGUACCUUAAUAUAAAAAUGCUGAAAAGUAGUAAUAUAGAGAGUAUUAUUAAUGCUAUAGAAGCGGGAGGUCAGCAACCGAGGCCACAACUGCCGUUAGCACUGAAUAAUACCAGCUCGAAUGAAGCAGAUGAAGUGUUCAUACCACAAGGGAGCAAUACCUACGCUGCAUCACUCUCAAACACUUUUGGUAAAAACGAUGACAGUGAGGAUAGUAAUGAUAAUAAUGUGCCAACAACAAAGCAGGCAAGCAGUGAACAAACACCAGAUUCUUUGGCCACCAAACAGUUGACCGCAGGUUUAUUGCAAAUAUUCGAGCCACCACUAGCAAAAGCGCGCGGUCAGCUGAAAGAACUCAUUGGAAAGCAGAAUAAAAUCUACAUUGAUUUAUCGGCUGAGAAAUACAAAUUAGAUGAUGCUGAAACGACGAGGUUACAUGAAAUGAUGAACAAUGUAAAAAUUUAUCGCGAGAAAUUGGUGAAGAUGAAAAAACAAAUGCAGAAUAUUUAUCAGCGCACCAAAGUUUUGAAGAAACGCGCAUUUAACGUGCAAGUGUGCAAGCAAAAAGAGCUCCAACGCAAAUUGCAAAAGCAGCAACAAGAGGAGUCCUUAAUCGCCAAGCAACAGCAGCAGCAACAACAACAGUAGAAUUAAGCAGCGCAACACGUGCAGUGAAACAAAAUCAAAGGAUUUUCGGUAGGAUUUUCAGAAUGUUUAUGCAAUAUCCGUUAUAUAUUGAAGUUAAAAAUAAUAAUAAUACUGAAA